AUGGGAAAGCACCAAUCACUGCGGCAUUCCGAUUCUACGCCUCCUCCUAAAUUCUGCUAUUUAUAUCGACAACAGGUGGAGACUAUGGAUUCAAGCGUAUCUGGAAAGAAAUCUAGUGAGAACGAAAUACCCACUUUCAAUAUUGAGAAUAUGCAAAGCAACAUGAAGGUGAUAUACUACAGUCGAACAUUCAUGUCCAUCAUUGGUGGAGUGAUUGCUGGAAUUUUGGGAGUGAAUGGGCUCAUGGGAUUUGUGAUUUAUUGUCUUGUCAUGGCUAUUACAUCUGUUUGUUUAACAGCCAAGGCUGGUUUUUCAAUCCAUUCAUAUUUCGACACCUGGAAUAGGGUUCUGCUUGAUGGUUUCCUAGGGGGCCUUUUGUCAUUCGUACUGUUCUGGACAUUUGCUUAUGAUAUCGUGCACAUCUUCUAAACAAUCCCACUUGAAAUACAAGAAGCAAGCUGGUUUUCUGGAGUUUACAUAAAGAAGAGGUGUUGGAGCUCUCAGAUUGAAGGGGUUUUAUUUUAUAGCUUUUAAUUGUUAAAACUUUUAUUUCAUAGUUUUUGAAACAUUAUAUAUGGUUCUAGGAUCAAGAUUUAAUUAAUUUCUUGUUAUUAUCACUGGAAGUACAUUGAUGUCUUAAUGGAAUUGAUUUGGAUUUAUAAUAUUUAUAUGUGACUUGUACAGUUAUCCUCAACAUAGGAU